AUUGCUUACAGCUGUACACAUUGACGGAGUUUCGUUUUCAGUCGAAAAAUAUAUUUAAUCUAACUUUACAUUAAAAGUUAAGAACUCUGAACCAUAAUCAGUAUUAUACGUUUUAUUGGAGUAUAUACCAUUCGCCUAUACUCGCAUAUUAAUAGCCACUGGACAGCGUUUACCAAGCGUUUUAAAGUGCAAACUAAUAUUUGUCGGUGUGAAAUGCGCAUGCAUUCAUAACCGGAGGUUUUUGUGUUUUUAAUGAGCAUUUAAGAAGAGUCGCAUACUAUGGCAGAUGGAGCUGUGGUGUUCGGAUCGGGUUUAAACUCAAGUUGUAUGGCCUCUCGAGCGAAGAAAGUCAACAAUAACAAUAGCAUUUCAUCAGCAGCGAACAUGAGGAGGAAGACCCGACAGAGUAACAGAAGAGACAUUCACAACCGGGUUGUGUUAGAGAAGGUCUUGGGCAUCACUGCCUGCAGCAGCAGUGCUUUAACAUGUGAUCCUAACACUGGUUUAGUGGCAUAUCCAGCAGGUUGUGUUGUUGUCAUCCUGAGCCCGAAGAAAAACAAACAGACUCACAUAUUUAACGCAUCUAGGAAAACCUUCAGCGCUUUGGCUUUCUCGCAGAAUGGAAAAUAUUUGGUCACUGGUGAGAGCGGGCACAUGCCCUGUGUGCGGGUAUGGGAUGUGGCAGAGCGGACGCAGGUGGCAGAGGUCCAGUGCCAUAAGUACGGGGUGGCGUGUGUAGCUUUUUCCCCCAAUGGGAGCUAUAUAGUGUCUGUGGGAUACCAGCAUGACAGGACCGUCAGCGUUUGGGAGUGGAAGAAGGGGACAGUUAUCGCAUCCAAUAAGGUGUCCAGUCGAGUGCUCGCCGUCUCUUUUUCCGAGGACAACAGCUAUUUUGUAACGGCAGGGAACAGGCAUGUUAAGUUCUGGUAUCUAGAUGCAUCGAAGGAGAGGAGGGUGAACAGCACCGUGCCUCUGAUUGGUCGUUCGGGGUUGCUAGGGGAACAUCAGAACAGUCAGUUUUGUGGUUUGGCUUGUGGUCGUGGCGCUAUGGCCAGCAGCACUUACUGCAUCACACGCACGGGUCUGCUGUGCCAGUUUAACAGCAACAGACAACUGGAUUCCUGGGUUGACCUAAAGACCACAUCAUCCCAGUGCUUGUCGGUGAGCGAGACGUUUGUUUUUUGCGGUUGUGCGGAUGGCACGGUGCGUGUGUUCAGCCCAAAGGACCUUCAUUAUAUCACCACUCUCCACCGGCCACAUUGCUUAGGAGUGGAUGUGUCUCAAGGCAUCCAGCCGGGGCAUCUGUUUGGGGCAAAUCCUGAAGCUCAGUAUCCGGAUACCUUGGCUUUAACAUUCGAUCCUGUGACGAAGCACUUGACGUGCGUGUAUAAUGACCACAGCGUAUACGUAUGGGAUGUGAGAGAGAUUCAAAAUGUCGGGAAGGUCUACUCUGCCCUCUAUCACAGCAGAUGUGUUUGGAGUGUGGAGGCCUAUCCUGAGCUAGAAGAUUCUUCAGCGGCGUGUUUGUCGCCCGGCUCGUUCCUCACCUGUUCCUCAGAUAACACCAUUCGCCUGUGGAAAAUUGAGUUGCCGCAGGGUCACAGCCAAGGGCUCGCUCAUCGGCACAACCUUUACAGUCAGGAUCUCAUGAGGAUUGUGAAUGUGGAUGAAGACACACAAUACCUCAAAGCCGAGGCUGAGAAAGCUGAGGGAAGCAACCAGGAUGGUAAAUCUGGCAUCAGGGUGCUGGAAAUCAGUCCCGAUGGCCAACAUCUGGCUGCUGGGGACCGCAGCGGGAACUUGAGAAUUUUUGGCUUGCAGUUUAUGGACGAGCUGGUGAAAAUCGAGGCCCAUGAUUCCGAGGUCUUGUGUCUGGCCUUCUCGCCUAAUGAGACUUGUUUGCGUCUGUUGGCUUCAGCAAGUCGUGAUCGACUCAUUCAUAUUUUCGACAUGGAGAAGAACUAUAACCUCGUACAGACAGUUUACGAUCAUUCAGCCUCCAUCACAGCCAUCAAGUUCACAGGACUGACCUCGGAUGUGUGUAUGGUCAGCUGCGGCGCUGAUAAAAGCAUUUACUUCCGAUCGGCUGAGAUGACCUCUGAGGGUUUGAACUUUUCACGAUCCCAUCACAUAGUAGAGAAGACGACUCUGUACGACAUGGACCUGGACGCCACACGCACACACACUGCCAUCGCAUGCCAGGAUCGUAACAUCAGAGUUUACAAUGUGAGGAGUGGAAAGAUGAAGAAGUGUUUUAAGGGCUCCCUGAAUGAUGAUGGGACUCUACUGAAGGUCCAUUUGGAUCCUUCAGGAAUGUUUCUGGCCACCAGUUGUUCAGACAAAAACAUCUGCAUCUUUGAUUAUGAGUCGGGGGAGUGCGUGGCCACUUUAUUUGGACAUUCAGAAAUUGUAACAGGUAUGAAGUUCAGCCAGGACUGUAGACAUCUUAUCACUGUAUCCGGUGACAGCUGUGUGUUUGUAUGGCGCUUGGACUCUCAGAUGACCAACUCCAUGAGGAAGAGGCUGGCGGAGAGGAAACAGCGAGCAGACCUGAGACUUCAGAGGGCUCCCAGCAAACAGCAAGCCAUCAGGAGAGAGACCUACAUCGCUGUGCCAUGUGUUUCUCUGCCUCACAUGGAGGAGGAAGAGGAGCACAGCCUGAUACCUGAACAUCAUACAGAAGAUGCUGCCGAGGACUGCAGAACUCCCGACAGGCUCGACUCUACCGAUGCCUCUCUAGAUGCUGUGGUGCUCCAAACCAAUGGCAAAAUGCCCAUGUGGGUGCGCAGACUGGGUGGAGGUGAGAAUGACAGUGGUGUAGCAAACAGAUCUCAGUAUCAGCCCCAGGGCCGCUGGGCGGUGCAGUCGGAUCCUCUAUCUAUCCGUACGGUACUGGAGAUGAAGAGCAUGCAGCUUCCUCUCUCACACACGCCAAGCAGAGCCAUGGGAGAGGAAGAGUUUGAGGAGGACUCGCGCUUCCACCCGCAAAGUUUAGACAGUCUGCUGGAUGAAGAUAUAGAUGAUGAUGAUGAUGAUAUGGAGGAGGAGAAGAUUUGCAGUGUGUCCAGAGAUGGUUUUAGCUCUUCACUUCAAGGAGCAGAAUUCACGCAGAUGCCAGAGGGAGACGAGACCUUUACUCCAGAGAUCAGCUCUCCGGAGAAGACCGGCUAUAUUUUGUACCCUGCCAACAGCACCGCCUUGUCUACUGGAGAAGGAGAGUUUGAUGUGAAAGCUCUGUGUGAGGGGGCAGAUGGUGACCCCAAUGAAGAGGAGCUAAGCCCAGAUAGUGCUUGUUCAGCUGAGAGCCCGGCCUCCCAUAGCGAUCAACCACACGACCUGGACACGGACUCCCUCAGUCACGUGAGCUCCACAGGAAGUUCAGGAGUUGAGGAGGAGGAGGAUGAAGAAGAACCUGGAACUCUGCUUCGCCACCACUUUGACACUCUGGCUGUGGCUGCUAAUGAGAACUUCAACACAGAUCUGAGCAGUCUGCUGCCCAAUACAGACAGUAACUUCCUCAAUCCACGUCUGAGUAUCUCCACACGCUUCCUCUCUCGAUUUCAGAGCCGCUUCCGUUCUAUAGGUGCCGGUAGCAGUGCUGUUUGCCGGCCAGCAGCGUGUCUGCCCAGUAUACCAGAUGAAUCCAGUGAUAGCUGUCAGACACUGGAUAGCACAAUGGAUAAAUCAAAGCUUUCAAGCAACAGCAGUGGCAUUGAUAGCAUUAAGGAAGACGGUGAGAAGAAAGUCCCCAAGAAACGUUCCUCGUUGUCUGGUCGGAAAUCUUGCCGCAGUUUGUCUAUGUUACGCUGGAAAACCGCUCUGGGAGAAAUCACAAACAAGACCAUUCAGUCUAAAACCCACAACGUCGUCAGCACUACAAACUCUCUCUCCACCAAAUCAGCAAGCAAUGCGUGCGAGGCAUCUGUUGGACGCUCCAGCUACAUGGGUCCCACCGCCAGCUCCCGAGCCAAGAUGUCCCGGAGCAGCUCUGUGGAGGGUAUGAACGUUUCUACAUCCCUGGAGACUCCUCUUAGUGCCCCGACUGUGGACUUAAGCGUAGAGCAAUGUAAAGAGAACGUGCUCCCUCAUCCAAUACCAGCUCUGUCCACUCCUGCCGUGGGUAACCACAGCGCCCGGGCAGCUCUUCGACUGGACCUGAAUGCCCCUGAUCGUGCCAGCCUGUCACCUGCGUCGCUCAAGAGCCGUCUAGCAAAGGUCGAGCAGACGGAGACUCCUCGUCGACAGGCUUUGGUGACGCCCACAGAGAUGCGUUCACUGGGUAAAGAGUGUCGACAGCAGAUCAGCAUUAUCGAGAAGAGUUUGACUCCUAAGAGCAGAUUGUCAGCCGGGUUGGAAAUGUUUGCGGGGAACACCAAGGAAUCAGAAAUCAAUGUUGAAGACAACACGAACUCAGGGCUGUGUGAUAAUGAACAGUCAUCAUGUCAGAUUUCAGAGACAGACUCGGACACGAUACACAGAGCGACGUCUACAGAAACAAAAGAUGACGUACAGGAAGACUUAGGUUUUUCAGCAGAAACGUCAAGCGUCCAGAUGUGUAAGGAGAUGGUGAAUGAACUGUGGCACACAAUCCAUAAAGCAGCUGACUUUUACAACAAGCUUUGCUCCACGCAAGAGUCAUCCGAACAGCAGGAGCAGAUGAAGAGUAUUUUGCAGGAGGCGUUUGUGGGUGUACAGACGGAGUUACACUCCCUCUGCCCUCAGGAGACCCAGAGCAGCCGUCCCGUGCCGGAGGAUUCUCCCGGACGCCAGCUCAGAGAUGACAGAGCUGUGGCGCUGCUGGAGAAAUACUCUGAGAUGCUCUUGCUGCGGAUGACGGAGAAAGGAGCCAGUGCUGCACUCCAGUGACCGCUCGGCGUUACGCAUCAAAUUCUUUUGCCUUUGCUUUUGAGCUGUUGUAUAGCUAUUGGCCAAAAACCUUAAGGCAUAUUUCUAGAAGCACCUUUGAGUCUGAAUGGCUUUCAUUUAGUUUUGAGCUUUUAAAUAAACGUGUUAAUGCAUCGUUGAAUUGUUUACUUAAACAUUUUGAGUAUCCAAAGGCUUUUUAAUGGGAAUCUUUGUACACUACAUUUCAAUACUUGUGUAUUUGGUCACAUACACUUUUUUGUCCACAGAUUUCCAGUACUUAUCAAGGCAGAUUUUGCAGGUAGACAAAAUGGACAUUUUUAAACAGUGUUACUUUUAAUAUACGACAAGUUGAAUUAUGAAUUGUGUACUAAGGGUUGUUUUAUUUGUUUUUUGAAACCAGCUUUUGUAGUUCUGCACCAUUUUAUGCCGUCACAACCACGCAGACCGGCUAGGUGUGUUGCGUUAUGUUGAGUGUUCCUUAAAAUACUGACGUUUAGAAGUUUGGUAAAUGUCAGGCUGUGACUCACUUUUUGCUUGUCACUGGUGUGCUAUUUAUGCUUUGUGUCAUGUUGAUGUGCAAUCUUUUCUUUCACUUAAAUGUUUAGUUACCUUUUAAGGCUUACAUUGUAAAUAUGUUUUAAUCUGCUGCUUACAUUCUAUUUUAAUAUUAAACAUUGAAAUGUU